UUAAAGUGUCGGUGAAAUCGGAGCAACUUCGCGUAUCUAUGAUUUUCUUUCCUUUUCUUCGUCACACUUUAUCUUACGGAAAAUCAGCACGAACGAUGUCAUAGUCAUCCAAGUGCGAAUUAUUUUCACAAUGGCACUGUUGUUCGUCAUAAUCGUCGUUUCAAUCACCACUGCCAUGUCGCUUCCGCCGGUCAUUAGAAUCGGAGCGAUCUUCACCGAGGAUCAGAAGGAUAGUCCGUCGGAAUUAGCAUUCAAAUAUGCCAUUUACAAAAUCAACAAGGAUAAGACUCUAUUGGCGAAUACGACAUUGGUUUACGAUAUCCAAUAUGUGCCUAAGGACGAUUCGUUUCGUACGUCCAAGAAAGCCUGCAAGCAAUUAUCCAGAUCGGUACAAGGCAUCUUCGGACCGUCUGACCCACUUUUAGGUGCUCAUAUACAAAGUAUAUGUGAAGCAUUGGACGUUCCUCAUCUUGAAGCGAGGAUCGAUUUCGAGCCUACUUUCAAAGAGUUCAGCAUUAACUUAUAUCCCGCACAAGACCAUCUUAACAAAGCAUUCAAGGACCUUAUUUCCUUUCUAAAUUGGACUAGAGUGGCUAUCAUCUAUGAAGAAGAUUAUGGGCUGUUCAAACUGCAGGAUCUCGUAAAAUCCCCGCCAUCCGUGAGAACUGAAAUGUACAUUCGUCAGGCGAGCCCUGCAUCCUACAGGCAGGUCCUGCGGGAGGUUAGACACAAAGAGAUCUUCAAGCUGAUUGUUGACACAGAUCCGGUACACAUGCAGAAAUUCUUCCGAGCGAUACUGCAACUGCAAAUGAAUGACUACAGAUACCACUACAUGUUCACAACCUUUGAUAUAGAAACGUUUGAUCUAGAAGAUUUCAAAUAUAAUAGCGUGAACAUGACGGCCUUUCGCUUGGUGGAUCUCGAAGAGCCCAAAGUUGCUGAAGUACUCAAGCAGAUGGAACGUUUCCAACCAGCGAUUGGACAUGCCAUUUUAAACAAAACGGGAGUCAUUCAGGCAGAACCAGCUUUGGUGUACGAUAGCGUGCAGGUUUUCGCGCACGGUUUGGCAGCUCUGGACCGUAGUCACGAUUUAAGACCAGCAAAUCUGUCCUGUGAGAAAGAGGAACCGUGGGACGACGGUUUAUCACUCUACAACUAUAUUAAUGCCGCAGGCUUACAUGGAUUAACCGGACAUAUUGAGUUCAAUGAAGGGAAGAGAAACAAUUUCAAGUUGGACCUCUUAAAACUGAAAAAAGAGGAGCUCGUUAAAGUCGGCGAGUGGAAAUCCGGGUCUGGCAUUAACGUCACGGAUCUAGACGCCUUUUAUGAGACCACGACGACCAACAUUACGCUCGUGGUGAUGACGAGAGAGGAAAGACCCUACGUCAUGGUAAAAGAAGACAAGAAUUUGACUGGUAACGCGAGGUUCGAAGGCUUCUGCAUCGAUUUGCUCAAGUGGAUCGCCGGCCAAGUUGGUUUCCAAUACGCAAUCAAAUUGGUGCCCGAUCACAUGUAUGGAGUGUACGAUCCUGAGACGAAAGAGUGGAACGGAAUCGUGCGCGAACUUAUGGAUAAGAGGGCGGAUCUGGCAGUUGCUUCCAUGACGAUUAAUUAUGCUAGGGAAAGCGUAAUAGACUUCACAAAGCCAUUUAUGAAUCUUGGAAUUGGAAUUUUAUUUAAGGUAACCAAACGCACGCCACCGCGGCUCUUCUCGUUCAUGACUCCCCUCGCCAUGGAGAUCUGGUUGUUCUUGCUAGGCGCUUACGUGGUGGUGUCUUUAACAAUAUGGAUAGUGGCAAGAUUCUCGCCCUUUGAGUGGGUGGAGCCGUCCCCCUGCCCAAGCUGCAAAUGUCCUUUGCAGGGCAGUCACGUGAGCGCCUUGGAUCCGGACAGCGAUGACAUUCCUCUACUGAAAACUGUCAACGAGUUCAGCCUGGCCAACAGUUUUUGGUUUACGGUCGGCACACUUAUGCAACAGGGCAGCGACCUCAACCCUAAGGCAACUAGUACGAGAAUAGUAGGCGGCAUUUGGUGGUUCUUCACGCUAAUCAUCAUCUCCUCUUAUACUGCGAAUCUGGCUGCUUUCCUGACGGUGGAGAGGAUGAUAACGCCGAUCGAGAACGUCGCUGAUCUCGCGGAACAAACCGAGAUAUCUUAUGGCACUUUAGAAGGCGGAAGCACGAAGACGUUCUUCAGAGAUUCAAAAAUUGGGAUCUAUCAAAAAAUGUGGAGAUUUAUGGAAUCGAAGAGUCCAUCUGUGUUCGUUCAAACCUACGAAGAAGGAAUAAAGAGAGUCCUGGAAGGAGACUACGCAUUUUUAAUGGAGUCGACUAUGCUCGAUUACGCAGUUCAACGCGAUUGCAAUCUAACACAAAUAGGAGGAUUGUUAGAUAGUAAAGGCUACGGAAUUGCUACUCCAAAAGGUUCGCCCUGGAGGGAUAAAAUAUCUCUAGUUAUACUGGAACUGCAGGAAAAAGGUGUAAUACAGAUCCUCUACGAUAAAUGGUGGAAGAAUACGGGUGACGUAUGCAACAGAGAUGACAAGAAUAAAGAGAGCAAAGCUAAUGCCCUUGGAGUUGAGAAUAUUGGCGGUGUCUUCGUUGUACUACUCUGCGGCCUGGCGCUAGCGAUCCUGGUGGCAAUCCUCGAGUUCUGUUGGAACUCUAAAAAGAAUGCUCAAUCGGACAGGUCUCUCUGCGCCGAGAUGGCCUCGGAAUUGCGAUUUGCCGUCCGCUGCGGCUCCCGGCAGAGACCCGCUGCGAAAUCGCGCAAUUCCGCGGCCGCCGGACUGUGCGGCCGUUGCAGCCCGCGCUCUUCUAGGAGAAGAACGCAUCUCUGCUCCUCCGAACACGAGGAGACGACCUACAUACCGAGCAUCGAGAUCCCGCGAUUAAAUGCAGGAGGGUGGUGCGUCGUCGAUGACGGAGAUGAAGAAAUCAUUGAGCUUCGAUCAAAUGUCCCAUGGCGGGAACACCUAGCACAGGCUUCGUCCUCAUCUUCGUCUUCAACAGCAGCAACAACAGCAGCAGCAAUCGCAACAACAACAACCGCCACCGUGCAAAGUCACCCCCACGCACACGCGUCACACGCACUGCCACUCACAUUCACAUCUUCACAGCCACCACUCGCACAAACACCAAGCACCUCCACCGAGACAGAGACGGGGUUCUUCGGGCAUCAUCUUGGGUCAAGGAGGUGACCACCCUGAGAAUAUUCUCUGGAGAUUCGACUGCGACCUAGCGGGUGAACCGGACGUAGUAAUUUCCCC